AACGAUGUUAGUCAAAAGCAACAAAAAGAUAAAUACAUCCCGAAAAAUAAGUAAAGCAAAUAGUUUGUUGUGCAAAAUUUAUGGUGCUAUUUGUUUUUUUUUUACACGCUAAUUACCACUGCAUAUUUGAAUUGCGCGCCAACCGAUGAAAGCAAUCGCGCAGCUGACAAUUGCCGCCCUGGUUCAGAACAAUCGAGCGAACAGCUGACGCACAGUGCUGUGUAGCCCUGGUAUCCUGCCAGAGACUGACUGUCAACACUGUGGAAACCGUGAGGAUUAACGAAGAAUUAAGGACGAACGUAACAGCGUAACAGCCGCUCAUCAUGAAGAUGGGAAUGGGCUACACAGUGAUAUCGCGUUUGCGCACCCUGGCACGCUACACAAUCGCAUACGCUUGUAUAACCCAUUGCACCUUCGAGUAUGUGGGCGACUUUGUACUGUGCAAAGGACCUUCAAUGGAGCCAACGCUGUUCUCGGACAAUGUGCUGCUAACGGAACGCCUAUCGAAGUAUUGGCGCAAGUACCAAUCGGGCGAUAUCAUUAUCGCCGUCUCACCGAUAAAUGCCAGUCAAUUUAUUUGCAAACGCAUUGUGGCCGUGUCCGGCGAGAAGAUCACAACCCUAAAGCCACAUCCCUUGGAAGCUGAAUCGGCAUCGAAACAACCCAGUGAAAUGACUAUGGUGACAGAUUAUGUGCCACAUGGUUGUGUGUGGAUCGAGGGCGAUAACAAAGGCAAUAGCUCCGAUUCGCGAUAUUAUGGUCCAAUACCGUUGGGUCUCAUACGCAGUCGCGUUGUCUGUCGCAUUUGGCCGCUCUCUGAGCUAACAGGACUUUAGUAACAACAAAUUUCUAGUUGCAGUCACAGUUUUUGUGUGUUUUUAUCAUUGUAAAUUAUCGAGCAGUAAAUUGAACAGCAAAAUAUUGUGAUCGUUAACAGAUUGACCAAUCCAUAGUUCGUGUCCCAAGUUGACAAGAAAGCUAUUGAUAAAUUGCUUGUGAGCGAUGUUCCAAUUUGAGAUGAUACAAAAUGCAAUCGAAACUAAUUUCAGUUUUGUGCUUUUGUGUUCUCAUUGUAAAUAAACAAGAAAAUAUUCGGUUUGAAA